AACAGGGCAGGCCUUACUGCAUUUGAAUUAAGGGGCGAUGCUAAUAUCCUCUUUUGUUCGAGCACUGGUAUGGAGAAACCAGCUGCUCCACAAUGACAUUUGUACGCACGUAUACAUUUGUUAUUCGGACUGGACCAUUUUACAACUGUGUAUAUCAAGUUAAACUUGCAUACCGAAAUGCAAUAAUUUUGAACUUGGAUCUAAAUAAUUCACUAGACGGAAUACAACUUGAUUCAAUGAGCAAUGCAGAGAUUGCCUUACGCACGGAGUCCUUAUUUAACUUCAACUUGGAUGGCUGCAUCAGUUAUGAUGUGGCAUAUUUGUUUGCUGUAUUUCAAAAAGCGUUGUAUUUUACGGGCCCACUUAAUGAAGAUGUCUGCAGAAAGGUAAGGGAAUACUACCAAGAAGAUUACGCGGAAAUGUUUUCCACAUGUGAUCGACAAGCUUACCUUAAUGCGCCACAAGGCGCAGGCAAAUAUUCCUUGCACCUAUUAAAAUCUACCAUACCGGUUUAUUUGAUUGACCAUCCAAAUUAUGUUGACUCACAUCGUAAAAUGUUAUUCGCCUUCAAUCAACAAGGAUGCAAAUACAACGGCUUGGUUACACAUUUCCAGG